AUGUUUAUUGAUUGGGGACUCUAUUAUACUCACACAAUACUCUUUGCAUGGGCUACAAUAGAAAGACAUAUUCUAAUUUUUCAUGACAAGUGGAUAUCAACAAAAAAGAAACGUUUAUUAGUACAUUACUUACCUUUAAUUAUGCUUGUUCUCUACUGUCUCAUUUAUUAUAGUGUGACUAUACUUUUUCCACCUUGUGAAAAUAUUUUUGAUGCUUAUAGUAUGAUUUGUAUCAAGCCUUGUUAUUUUAAAUCUUCUUCAUCACUUUACACAUACGAUACACUAGUUCAUCAGAUUUUACCCAUUUUUAUUAUUGUUGGAUUUAGUAUUGGUUUACUAAUACGCAUUCGUCGGCAAAAGAAUCGUAUAGGUCAAUCAUUAAAAUGGCGAAAACACUGGAAAAUGGCACUUCAAUUGUUGUUUGUCGCUAUCAUUUAUCUUAUAUUUGGUUUACCAUUAACAAUAAUGAGUGUUUUGUAUCUUAGUGGAAUACCACUUGAUGCAACCUCAAAAAUUACAGAAUAUGCACUAUUUUUGAAUUAUUGUACAAUAAUUCUUUGUCCAAUUGCUUCUGCUGUAUCAUUACCUAGACGAAGAAACGAAAGGAAGAACAUGUUACGAUUACGACAUCAAGCAAGAGCUAUUGCACCGAUAACAUAG